GUUAUGUACAGCAGCCAAAAGAGCAGCCUAGGGAGCCAGCAUUGGGGGGGGGGGGGCAGCCGUGAGUAAGGGGGGGAGUAUGCCUCCCCUCCACCCCUCCUCAGGGACACAGCACUGGUAGCCCUUGGAGCAAGCUUGAAGGGGCACUCUGGGAGCGACUCCGAACUUUUCUGCUGGAGGACAAAAAAAAGAAAGCCCCGAUUCUUACGAGGCUGCUUACAAGGGGAUUAAGGCAGUUGCCCUGCUUUCCCCUCACUUCAGCUCCUGUGACCUGCUGCUCCAUCUGUGAACAAGCUCCAAUACUCCCAGCAGGAAGAGGCACAGGCGACAGAAGACAGGAGACAGUGGAUUAGCCCUAAGCUUGCAGCUUUGCUCACUGCCAGCCAGACGCAGCUUCCGGCAGCAAAAGCAGCACCUGGGGUGACCAGAGACCGCUCUGAGACGCCUUCACACCACUAUCCUCAUCAGGGAGGUGGGACCAAGAACACAAGACUCCCCUCUCCCAUUUUCCCCUAGGAGGAGUUAUAUGACCAGCCAGAAGUCCCCUGCACCACUCACUGGGGCAGCUUCUGGCAGCCAGCAGGUCUGGGACAUACACUCUGUGGGUAAUUUCAUGAGUGUAACAGUGCAAAGAAACAGGGAGACAGGCAAGAUUCCCAGCAGCUACUCUUAAAGCCGAGGGACAAUAACGUGAGCUGUGCCCCCAGGCCCCUGAGAGCACCAGGGGCAGGAGCAAGAGUGAUGGGGAGGCCACGGAUGUGACAGGCCACCCUGGUGCUGGAGGCCCACCGAAGGCUAGCUUCUUGGGCUUUUAAAGGUGUGGGUACGUGGGCACAACAGGGUUCAAUAUGAGCCUUGGAAAGCUCCCCGUGAUCAGCUGGGUGUCAGGCUCCCAUGGCAAGCGACGACUGAAGUCAGAGCUGACCCCAGAUAUGAUAAGCCCACCACUGGGAGACUUUCGGCACACCAUGCAUGUGGGACGCGGCGGGGAUGUCUUUGGGGACACCUCCUUCCUCAGCAACCACGGUGGGACUGACACAGCCAAAGCCAACAACUUCUUCACCCGGACACUGAGGCACGUCCGCCGGACACCACUGAGGAGCCGGGGAAGUGGGAGCCAAGCAGAGAUAUCGCCUGCCCCACCAGCUGUCUCACCUAUCAUCAAGAAUGCCGUGUCACUGCCGCAGCUCAAUGAGGGGAUGUACGAUGGGGGCAGCAAUGGUGGGGGCAGCUUGACCAGCAAGUUCUCCUUCAAAAGUGCUUCCAACAGCUUCUCCAAAACACACCAGGCCUACGGACUGGAGUCUGGAUUUUGUACCAUCCCUCGUGUCCCUCGCUUGGAAAAGGCCCAAGAGAACACCUACCCUGCGGAAACAGAGCUUACACGCUCAGACUCCCUGCUUUCCUUCCGCUUGGACCUGGGGCCCUCCCUCAUGAGCGAGCUCCUCCAGGUGAUGAGCUUCUCUGAAACUAAUGGAAAUGAGGCAGGGGAUGAUGGCCAAGACCUGCCUGGUGGACACGUUCUCUUGUCUGGCAAGGGGACGGAGGACAGAGUCUCUCUGGGAUCAGGCAUAGCCCAUGGAGAGGGGAAGGCAGCAUCCAGCUUCUGGGACCACUCUGGGCAAACUAACCUGUCUGAGGCUGGCUCAUUGCUAGGACUGACUGUACAUGCGAAUGGAGAAGCACAUGCUCUUGAGCACAUAGGAGAGGACUCUGCCAAAGUUAGGGGCUCUGGUUGGGCUUCAGGGCUGGCAGAGGGGUCAGGGGCAGUGUCCAGAGGGACUCUGUGGCAGGGACACUGGAAUGACUGCACUAUAGAGGCAGGAGAGUUUGACCGGGCAGCCCAGGUCCUGGCUCGCCAUUAUGGUGGGACAAGCACCCCACGUAGCUCAGAGGAAAAGGACGAGGGUGUCCAACAGGCCCAGAUGCAGGCUUUCUGGGAGAGCCCCAGCAGCAGCUCAUGGCGGUCACAAGUGACAACAGAGAGCCAGUCCCUGGAGGGCCCAUGGAACCAAGAAGAGGAAGAGGAGGAGGAAGAGGAAGAGAAUGAACUCUCAAGCCUGCAGGAGGGGGAUGUUGGCACCCAGGACGGCCGCAGCAAUUCCUUCGAGUACGCUGGUGAGGAGGAAGAGGACGAUGAAGUCAAGGUGUGAACAACCUUCCCUCCCACCACAGCCCCUGUCCAAAGACACUGGUGCCAUGGUCUUCAAUCUUCUCCCCAUCCCCUUCCCUCAGAUGCCAGCUCCAUAAGGGAGCUGACAACAGAGUCAAUGGGCAAACUCCUGGCUGAGUCAUGCUCCUCUGGAGACGCACCAAGCUGAGGGCACUGGGGUGCAGCAAAGGGGGUGGGUAGGGAUGGAAGAGGGUAGUCCAUCUCCCAGAGGGCUCCUCAGGGCUGAGUCGGUGCCCUGGUGGGCAGGUGAAGACCCACUCUGCACUGCAUCACAGCACUGGGUGUUGUGGCAGGGAGAGAAAGAUGCUCGCAGCCCUUCCCCCUCCUGGCCUUGUUGUUGUUAGAUGCCAAAGGAACUUUCCAAUAUGCCAAAGAAACCCCAAAUCCCUUUCUACCCCAUCCUACAUCCUUCAGGCAAGCAAACACUUUGCUCGGGAAAGGGAGAGGUGAUAAACAGAGAGCAGACAGAGAGACUGAAGACACAGGGUUCAUUCCCCCCUAUGUAAAACUCAGCCCUGGAGAGGCAGUAAGGAGUGGGCUCUGAGACAGUCAUGCUGGGACAAAGCACCACAGGGAGCUGUCUCUGCUCCGAAAGAGGCAGUAGGCCACAUGCAAUGCUCCCAGGCUGGCAGCACAAGCCAGCUGGAGCAAGCUCUGGAAUCCGGCUCGCAUUCCUGCCUCUCGCCCCCACCAGAGAAAUGACACUGACCCACUCCUGAGGUGCCUGGUGGGCAGCAAGGCCUUCUCCUGCUUCACAGAGGCCCCCUCCCCCAACCUGUACCAGUACUCUCCUCUCUCAUGUGACUGCAGUACCACACACACAGAAAUAGGAGGACCUCUCCAAUCCCUCAGCUUAGCCCAGCUCGCACAUCUAGGACAUGCUCCAUCCUCGCACCAAAGCCACCCUUUGUGCUGGCAAGGUUUUCUUCAUGGAGAUAUUCCCACCAAUAUGGCUUGCACAUAAGGGAAGCUGGUCUGCCCAGUUCUGCCUAAUGGAAGACCCUCCCAUAUAGCAUAUACAUCUAAUUACUGCAUACCCUUGGGAGGUCAGGUGGAGGCUCAAGGGCCAGACAAACAUACAGAGCUGUGCCUCCCCCCUUCCCCCUUCCAUGUUAAGGAAGGCAAGAUUGUUCACAAAGAUAAUUGCAGGGAGCUUUCCAUUUGCCUCCUGCUGCUGAACAUCACUUAGGAAGUCUCGUUUUCCAACCCCUGCCCUCUUGCAGCAGGAAGAGGGAAAAAGACGUCCUGCCUCUCUGACACAGAGAGGGGUGAGAUUGUCAGGUCAUCUAAUUCUGUAGUUUGGGCCCCCAAAAAAUCUCAGUAGUCAUCUCCAGUCAUCAAGAUUAAGAAACAUGAUAUUAGGGCCCUCCCACCACUGGACCACACCCCAUCUCACAAUAACCUCACCUGAGAGGUACCAUUUUCCAAAUAUACUCUUACCUUCCUUUCACCCCAUCUCAGAACAAGAAGACUUACUCUCUGCAGCCACUUGGCUAGUUGAGAUCUCGGCUCUUUUCCCUGUUCUCCUCCUCUCCCCAUUUCCUACUCAAACAUCCCUCUUUCCAGAGUGCCUCCCUCAAGAGGUAUUUGUGGAUGGUUAAGGCCUUUAACCGAGUGUCUCUGGGCAACAUGGCCUUCCUGGAACAAGCUGCCCCCCACGCUGUCCCACGUGCAGAGCAACGCUCAUAGAAGCGCCUUUGUGCCACAGUGUGGAGCUGAAAUGCUCAGGGGCUGAGGUCACCAAAGGGAGCCUCACAGGACUGCCGUUGUUCUCUGGGACAGAAAUAUGUGUGUGGCAGGGAGAGAUGCCAGGCUAUGGCCAAAGGGCUCCACUCCCACACAGCUCACCCACUGCCUGGUCCUUCUGCAAGUUGCUUCUAUCAGGGAGCACUUCUGAGCAUAAUAAAGAGGCUCCAACAUGUGCGUGUGUGUUGUGCAUGGGAGCAGCAUGUCAGAGUGUUAUUCCUCAGUCAGAUCAUCAAGGUUAUGGGCAGCUGAUCUCCCCAGCUUCCAGGGGCAGCUGCCUUGCACCAGCAGGCAGCUGCAAGCUGGGGCAGUCAGCACUUUCAAGGAGUCCUCAUCUCCAACCACUGGCAACUAGCAAGGCCUGAGCAUCUACAGCAGUCAUCACCCCUGUGUCCUCUGUUGAGUGGACUCUGGCUCUCAGUACAACGUUCCCCACCCUCUUCUUCCCGCACGGUAAUACAAGUUCCAGACCAAAGAUCCACAUCUGUGGAAAAUCCUUUUUUGCUUCCACUCUGUAUCUCAUGCACUUAUUAUUGUUCUUAUUAAACCAGUUUUGAUACUAAUUCCUCCUCUGGUGCUUCCUCCUCAAGCCUCCCCACAGCUGCUAUGACCCAGCAAGCUUAACAUCUUUUCUUGCCACAUCUGCCCACAUUCCAGUCCCAGCCCCAAAAUCACCUUGUCUCUGUACUCAGGGCUCACAAGGAAGUGGGAUUUGAUAGCACCACAAGGAUGCUUAGAUCACCUAGUCCAGUAUGUUGCUUCUCACUAUGACUAAUGCACCCUCUCUCCUAUUCACCUAGCACCAUGUAGCAUACAGGAGAGUGCGAAGUUUCCUCUCCAACCCCACAAAAAUUCGUUUGCACCCUGCAGCAAAUUAUUACCAUUCCCAAAACCGGCUUGGCUACAGGCCUUCCAAUCCUUCAUAAAACCUCUGCCCAAACACUCAGGCAGCAGCAAGUUCCUUAGGCUGUGGGACACUGCGCUCACAGUUUGAGCUAAACAGCUGCUGCUUGCACUGAAGGAGGCAGUGUGGAAGCACAGAGGAAUGGCAAGAGCAAUGCAAAGUCCUUUUAGGUUGGACUCUCCAUGAAAUACUGUUCUCUUCUAUUCUCAUCCCAUGCAGUUCAAAGUCUUCUGAAGUUUGCUGUUCGCUAUCAUACAUCAGUCUCACUUGCAGCUUUAAUGCCAUCUCUCUAGUCAGUGAUCUUCUCCCCAUUACCUCAAUCUCAUGAAAGCAAGGAGGUAAAAGUUUAGCCUGCUUUUUUUAUGUUAAGACAUUUCCUAUCUUUCCUUCCAGCAUUGUUGGAGGUGUUGCAACAUCCCUUUUACCUAAUUUUCUACACAUUUCAGUCUCUCUCUCUGGGGACUUUGGGAACAGAAUUGACCUAGUGUGCUCCAGGCCCACUCUCCCUCCCUGUGGCUUCUGGGACACUUUUUAAUUAGAGCAGCUGCAGCAGCUAAUCAGGAGUAAUUGCCUGUAAUCCUGUGUGACAGACACAGACUGAGAGACGCUGAACAGUGUAACAAACCAAAAUAGCCUCCUUCCUGCUGCCCUCCCCUGCCUUGCUUUCAUACUGAGUAUGAUACUGUGUAGAAAUGUCUGAGUAAUAGGUAACCCAGUUGGAAUGUGCCAGCAGAUAAGUGAGGUGAGAUAAGAGGAAAAGAUGGAGAAGACAGCUCCUUAUCACUGGCAGGAAUGCCAGCUCACAGGCACACCUGUGCUCCAUUCCCAGGGCCACUGCUUUGCCUGGUACUGGUACGGCUUCCUGCUGGAGGGCAAGGCACCCCUUUCCUCCUUCCUGUUUACUGCAAGAGGCCAAAAGGAAAACAUCAAACCCAUGCCCCGAGGUUCCCAAACCUACAAUUUAAUUAUAUGCUUUUGUGGCACUGAAUGCCACACUGCUCACGUCAUGGUUUUGUUUCCCUCCUUUCCAAAACCUGAGUGCAGGAAGAAAUGGAGCAUUGUAAAGAGAUUAUAAAACUAUUCACUAGCAAUCACCUACUGCCUUCCUUGUCCUGAACCCCGCCUACAGCCUGCUUUGCCCGGUGUGCCAUCUAUUCAUCCCCACAUCCUGGUCUGACCUGGAAAAUACACCUGGCUUUAUCUGGGAGCUAUUUCCAUCCAACAAGGGAUCCUGUCCUAUUGGCAGAAAACCUUGGGCUUUGUCAGCAUCUCACACUAAGCCACAGAGACAGAGACCUCAAAGAAGCCAGAGCAGCUGGAGCAAACAUCUCCACUGCUUCUAUCUUUAUUAGAGCUAGGAAGCAGUGCCCAUCAAUCCAGUUUGAAGGAGGUGACCCUGAAUCCUCCCUUGACACUCAUGUAGGUGAUCUUGUCAUAGCAGUGUCGAUUAGGGAACUCCACUUCAUGCCCGUCUGGUAGUUUCACCUGGAAUUUGUCUGCCAGGAAUUCAAUGACGAGCUAGGAGAAGAGAGAGGAGGAAGAGAAGGAAUUGGGGACAAAAAGGAGAAAAGGAGAUAAGCAUCCACUCCAAAGACCUGGCUGUUACACAUCAGGGUCAGACCUGGUCCUAACAGCCUUAAGCAAGGUGCUGGGGACUGAGUUGAGCUAGCACCUCACAUAGUGGGGCAGGAAAUGAGCAACUGAUACUGAAGGUCUGAGCUUGUAUCUAGACGAUGAUCUGGGGAGAGGAUCUCUCCUGGGGCUGUUUCAGCUGCUCAGGUUUUAAAAUCAGAACAGUUAAACCUGCAGCUUUCACUGUGUCUCUUUACACCAAGUGGCUUAGAUCUGCCCUGUAUGAGGCAGAUAAAACUUCGGACUUAAAUGCCUUGGGAGCCCUGCAGCAGCUCACCAGGGCACUGAUACUGAACAAAGCCUAGCAAAAGAAAUUUCACUGAUAAAUUUGCAGACAAGAUGAAAACUCAUUACUGAUUGCUGCAAAUUAAAGAGAUCAUUCAUCAUUGCCAUCGCCUCUCCACCUCUUCCCCAUGAGCUAGCCACAACUGAGGAAACAAGAUUCCACUGCACAGCAAUAAGAAAAGGACUGCUCAUAAAAGCAGCCCUGUCAAAAUCCUGGGGCAUCAGACAGCAUCAGGCAGCAACUUUGACAGCAUUCCUGGCAGAAGGAAAGGGGAUACAGGUUGUCAGUGUGGAUCCAAAAGUGCUGAGGAUGGAAGAGCUGAGGGAGACUUAGUUGGACCAGAAAGGGCAAAAGGGUUGUUUGCACUGCAUUGCUCCCAACUGUGGGUUGCCUUAAAAUCUGUGUUUGCCUGGGAGGCAAAGAGGGAGAGAAUUAAGGUGGAGACCAGCAAGAUCCUGCUUCUUGUAGACUCCCUAUACCUUCAUACCCACCCCAGGUGUGCUCACUUUCUGAGCCACGAUGGACAGGAAUGGGGAGAAGGAAGUAUUAACAAAGCCCAAGACAGAAAAGGUUCAUGCAAAGUUCCCAGAGGAAGCAAUGGGGACUUGAAGGAGGAAUGGAAAUGGUGAUCAGGACUGAAAACCCAGAGGAUGAAGAUAAGUGGCUGUUGAGAGGGCGUAGGAGGCUCUGGAGGGCAGACUGGGAGGAAGCGGUAUACAGGAACAUGCUAACCAAGGGUUUCCAGAUGCACAUACAAACCAAUGUCAGUACAGACCCCUCACCUUGAUAGUGGAGCCCUUGGAGAAAGAGAGGUGGUUGUCACGAUGCUCCUGCUGCCAGGCUUUGGAGCACUUAGAGUUGCAGACGAUGACAGACUCAUUGAAGCGGGGAUUGAAGUGCAAUGCCAGAUCUGAGGAGCUGUAGCCAAGGUUGACGACGAAGCUGUGGUGAGCAGGAGGAAGGUCAGCUAUGUGGGCAAGCCAGGGUCUUAGAAAUAUCUGAGAUCUAACAUACAGCUCUGCCUCCAAUUUCUCAAUCAGCAUUGAAGAUAUUUAACUCUUCCUGUUUCCUCACUCUGCUCAUGUACCAGGGUAAUCAGAAAGGGGGUGGUACAGGGGCUUCCCUAACACUGAACUAUGCUCAGGCUCUUUGUACUGGGCAGGCAUCCCUGGCAACCUAGGAACCCCCCAACGCUGCAGUCUACCUUCAGUCUUGGUGAGUUGAAGUGGUUUCUUCUUACUUACCCAUCAGCAUUCUCAGAUAUCUUGCCCUUGAUCUUCAGGCUGUCCCCAGCCUUCAGAUCCAGGUUGAAGAUUUCAAAUACUUCCUACAGCAGAAAGAAAAAAAGGUUUGUAGUGCUCCUUCAGACUCUGCAAGUGAGAGCACACUAACCAAGAAAACAUCUACUACUCUUAGCAGAUGUUCCUCUCAUGGCCUAACUCCCCCCCCCCACACACACACACACUGGAGGUCCUGCAUGGUUUUCUUGCUCUAUGAGGGGAAGAGAGGGUUGAGUGAAGCUAGCAAGCAACAAAAGACAUGAGAGAGAGAGAAGAGAUGAAAACAGGCUUGUCUAUAGCAUAAUGAAAGACAGAGCAGGACAACAGACAGGCAAAGAGGGUUAAAGCAGGAAGGUCCAACACAAGGCUUCCCAAAGGUUUCUCUUUGGGCAGCAUCACCCACAGCCCAAGAAAUGCAAUUGGUGAGAACAGAGGUGGCUGUGGUCUGCCCAUCCCUCACUCAGCAUUGCUGAGUACCCACCACCAUGAGCUGGGGACCCCAAGGUGACAAGGGAGAGGAGCAGAAGCCCUUACAGACAUCUUCCUCAGCAGAGCAGAGUAACCAGGCAGGAAGCCACAGGCAGUUUAGCUCAGAAACUCUUUGUACAGAAGAUCUUACAUCCCUGAACUUCCUUGUGGCUUACACAUUAACAGCACUCCUGCCUCUGCAAGGCACCACUCUCUUCUAUUAAACCAGGAGACUUUGAUCCAGAGAAAUAACGUCCCCCCACACAACUCCUUUCACUAGGAACUCAGGGAGAUUUAAUCAAUCCCCAGCUCCACUGCCCCCUCAGUGCACUUCUGUACAGGGAUCAGCACACACAGCCCUUAAUGAUGUUAACUCCUGCCACCACAUAGGACAACUAUCAUCACAGCUGGUUAUGAAGAUGUGACCGCCAUGUUCAUUUCCUUUCUUUGUGUAACAGCUCAGCCAAUAAAGCGUCCCAGCUCCUUCA